AUGGCAAAGUCGGCCAUUGUCGAGGCUAACGGCCACCACACGACCACGGCCAACAAUCAAUGCAACAACAAUGCCACCCCCAAAGACCCCGCCAUUGGCCCAGCCCAGCCAGAGAACCACAAAGUCCUCUUUCUCAACCUACGAUACCGCGGCGAUGAUACCGAAACCAGCAAUGCCUCGGCCACCGCCCUGAUCCAUAAGCUUCGCCCGGAUUGGGGUUCUGAUAUUGACUUUCGCCGCUUUACAGACGGCAUCACCAACACCCUGCUGCAGGCCCGUCCACGUCACGCCGAGCCUCUCCCCGGCGAGUCCCAAGACGACGCCCGCGAUCGUGAGGCCAUCCUGUUGCGCGCCUAUGGCAACGGCACCGAUCUCAUCAUCGACCGCAACCGUGAGGCGCAGAACCACGAGCUGCUGUCAAGGCACCGCCUUGCCCCAGAGCUACUGGCACUUUUCGAAAACGGCAUGCUAUAUCGAUUCAUCCGGGGGCGCGUGACGGCGCCCCAGGAUCUACGACGCCCAGAGAUAUACAGGGCCGUAGCCCGCCGUCUCGCACAGUGGCACAGCACCAUACCUUGCUUACCCAUGCCUAAGAAGCAGCAGCAAGCUCAAAAUAUCACCAACGGCAGCCAAAGCCGCAUUGACGAGAUGGUCCCCGGAAAGUUGCAGCCCAACAUAUGGACCGUCAUGCAAAAAUGGAUCCUGGCCCUACCGACCGAGACAAACGCCCAGCGCGAACGCCAGGCCAGCUUACAAAAGGAGCUUGACAGGGUAGUGGCCGAGUUUGCCCAGCGUCCGGGUUUGGGCCACGACGGCUUGGUCUUUGCGCACUGCGACCUACUCUCGGGUAAUGUCAUAGUCCUACCAAAGCCUGCCGUGGCCGCAAAGAGCCCUGCUACCGCUACCUCCACCGAUGUUUCGGUAACCUUCAUCGACUACGAAUAUGCAACCCCUUCUCCAGCCGCCUUUGAUCUAGCCAACCACUUUGCAGAGUGGGGCGGUUUUGACUGCGACUUCUCGGUGCUGCCAACCAGGGCCCAGCGUCGCGAAUUCAUACGCGAGUACAUCCGGGUUUAUUUUGGUAACGGUGGCAGUGACGAAGAUGAUCACGAAGAAGACGUCGAGGACCUUUUUGCCGAAGUAGAUGUUUACCGUGGCCUGCCGGGCUUCUAUUGGGGCAUUUGGGCGCUCAUCCAGGCGACCAUUUCCACUAUCGACUUUGACUACGCUUCAUAUGCUGAGACGAGGCUGGGCGAGUACUGGGCUUGGAGAGCAGAGCAGGACGGAUCGCGCGCCAGAGAGGGUAGGGAGAUGCCCUUGCGCGAAAGGCGAUGGGCACAGGAGGAGUGA